UCUACCGCGUAUUUAAGUGAAGACCUUAAAAACAUGCGAUCAUAUAUUUGCACCAUUUUCUUUUUCCGGCAAGUAUAUAUUUGCGCCAUUUACUCUAUCAGAUUUCUCUACAUAUUCAUAUCCUCGAGCUUCUUCAAUCCAUGUGGGUGGCGUUUAACUUCUAGCUUUCUAGGCAAAACUUGUGCAACGAUUCGGUCGCUUUUACAUGAUACUUCGAUCGAAACCCAAAGGCUUUCACUGGUUCUCUUCUACGUUUCGGGUUCAGCAGCAGCCUCCUCUAGUCCGAGCUUGUCGAUAUGGAGGCGGAAGAAGGAAAUGGCCAAAGAGGGAUUGAUUGCGGCGAAGGAGCUUAAGCGCCUCCAGUCUAACCCGGUCCGACUGGACCGCUUCAUAUUCUCUCACGUCUCUCGCUUGCUCAAGUCUGACCUUGUAUCCGUCCUCGCUGAGUUGCAAAGGCAAUAUCAGGUUUUCCUAUCCAUGAAGGUACUCUUUCUGUUCGUAGAAAUGUCGCAAAGAGAUGUACUAAAUAAGAAGGCACUCAACUUGAACGUAUCGCAUAUUAGACUCGCAUUAAACUAAAUUUAACUACUUUUCUAAAAUAAU